AUGCUGGAGAGGCAGAUGGCUCACUCAGGCAAAGGACAGCAGUGGCUCCUUUAUGUGCUGUUCCUGGGCAUCCUUCAGGAGGAAAGGGUGCCCUCCCUGGCAAAGUACCCCGGGCUGGGCCAUGCCUACAUGAGGCAGAUGAAGCUCAGGGAAGACAAUAGAUUCCAGCCUGCCGUGGCAGCGGUGGUGAUUGCUGGUCCGACCAGCCAGCUCUAUCAUUUCCCCAUGGAGACAAGAAACCAGACCAGUGGCUCCACAUUCACGCUCCAAAGCAUCGCCAACGCUGGGCAGCAGCGGCUCCUCUUUGUGCUCUUCCUGGGUCUGUACCUGGUCACCGUGGUGGGGAACCUUCUCAUCAUCCUGGCCAUCCGGACAAACUCCCGCCUCCAUUCCCCCAUGUACUUCUUCCUCGCCAACCUGUCUCUGGUAGACAUCUGCUUCUCCUCUACCACUGUGCCCAGCCUUCUGGGGACACUCUUCACUGGACACCAGGAUGUUCCUUACGGUGGCUGCCUGGCCCAGAUGUAUUUCUUCAUUGCCUUUGGAGCCACCGAGAAUUUCCUUCUGGCUGCCAUGGCCUAUGAUCGUUACUUGGCCAUCUGCAAUCCGCUGAGUUACUUGGUGGUCAUGAGCCCUCAGUGUUGUGUCCUGCUGGUGGUCGCCUGCUGGCUGGUUUCUCACCCCCACUCCCUGCUGCACGCCCUCCUGAUGACUCAGAUGACCUUCUGUGCCUCCCGUGAAAUUCCUCUGUACUUCUGUGACAUCUUACCCCUGCUGAAGAUCUCCUGCUCCGAUCCCCACAUCAACUUCCUUGUGGUAUACACAGAAGGGGCCGCCAUAGUCAACAGUGCCCUUCUGAUUGUGCUGGCCUCCUACGCCCACAUUAUCCCUGCUGUUCUGCGGGUGCCCUCGGCCCAUGGGAAGCACAAGGCCUUCUCCACCUGUAGCUCCCACCUGGCUGCAGUCGGACUCUUCUACGGCACUGUCAUUUGGGUCUACUUCCAAUCAUCAUCCAAUUUUUCUGAGCGGGACACCGUAGCCACAGUCAUUUACACAACCAUCACCCCACUUCUGAACCCCUUUAUCUACAGCCUUCGUAACAGAGACCUACACCAGGCUUUGCGCUCCUGGCCCUGUGCCCUCAGACCCUGA